UCAUCACACACACGAUAGAAUAGAGUAUCUCCCAAACCCUAGAAUGGACGUCAUCCCCGAUAGGCGAAAGAGAGUUCGACAUUCCGAAGGUGACCGCCAUCAUCGAUCUGACCGGAAUGCCAAACGCCACCGCAAAACCAGGGAUAAUAAGGUAUACGACAGGGACGAAAGAGAGGGUACGAAAGUUAGGUCUAAAUUGAAGCGCGAUGAAGAGAUGGAAGAUGAUUGCGACAACAAUGCAUCACCACAAAACGGUGUUGCUAUGGGAUCACCUGCUGCGGUGUCUGCUAGUGUGCCAGACUCAACUUUGGUCCCUCCUCCUUCCUUUCCUAUUAAGGUAUCAUCGAUUUCUACCACAAAUGAAAAUAAGGGUGUUAGUUUUACCAUGUCUCAUGAGGUUACUGGAAAAUUUAGUACAGAUGGAUCCUCUCCAAUUGCUGGAAAACCUGGAAGCCUCUCUAUUCAUGCCUUAGCUAAGGCAAAGAAGGUUUUACAAAUGCAAAAAGCUUUGUCGGAGAAACUCAAGAGAAUUCCUCAUGUAAAUCCUCCAGCUAGUGGCAUUAGUGCUGCUGGUGUCACAACUGCAGAUGUUACUAUCCCUCAGAAACCAACCAAGGCUCAUGUUCUUCGUCUUGACGCCCAUGGACGGGAAAUAGAUGAACAUGGGAAUGUUGUUAAUGUAACUAAGCCAAGCAACCUUAGCACAUUAAAGGUCAACAUUAAUAAACAGAAGAUAGAUGCAUUUGAAAUACUAAAACCUGUGUUGGAUUUUGAUCCUGAUUCUAACUCUCAUUUUGACGAGAGUAUUGGCAUCAACAAAACAAAGCUCAUGCGCCCCAAGAGGACAAAUUUUCUGUUUGUGGAGGAAGGAAAAUGGUCAAAAGAUGCUGAAUCAAUAAAGUUGAAGAGUAAAUUUGGAGAAGCUCAAGCAAAAGAGCAGAAGGCCAAACAAGCACAGCUAGCAAAGGCAAAAGCUGCUCCUGAUAUAAAUCCGAACUUAAUAGAAAUUACAGAGAGAGAUGUAAUGAAAGAAAAGCUGAAGGAUCCAAUUCCAGAAGUUGAGUGGUGGGACGUGGCACUUUUGCAUUCUGGAAAUUAUGGUGACAUUGACAACAGAACUGUAGACGAAGAUAAACUGAAAAUGGAAAAAAUCACCUUUUAUGUGGAGCAUGUUCGCCCCAUUGAACCGCCUGCUGAGCUUGCCCCUCCACCACCUCAACCUCUCAAGCUAACCAAACAGGAGCAAAAGAAACUCAAGACCCAAAGGCGUAUAGCUAAGGAGAAGGAGCGACAAGAGAUGAUUAGACAGGGUGUCAUAGAACCGCCAAAACCAAAGUUAAAGAUGAACAAUUUAAUGAAAGUGCUCGGGACCGAAGCAACUCAAGAUCCCACUCGGCUUGAGAAGGAAGUACGUAUUGCAGCUGCUGAGCGUGAGCAGGCUCACAUCGAUAGGAAUAUUGCACGCAAGCUUACUCCUGCCGAGCAGCGUGAGAAGAAGAAAAGGAAGCUGUUUGAUGACUCAAAUACACCGGAUAGACUUGUGGCGCUUUACAGGAUUAACGACCUCUCUCAUCCACAGACUCGCAUAAAAGUUGAUCGUAACGCUCAAUAUAAUGAGUUGACCGGAUGUGCUGUGAUUUACGAUGGUAUUAGCGUUGUCGUAGUUGAAGGUAAAAGCAAGACAAUUGAGAGGUAUGGAAAACUAAUGCUCAGACGUAUCAAUUGGAGUGAGAAAGAAGAAACCGAAGAUUCAAAUGAUGACAAGCCUGCCAACAAGUGUGUUCUGGUGUGGCAAGGAAAUGUUGCCAAACAAAACUUCAAUAAGUUCAGUGUUCAUGAUUGCAUCACUGAAGCAGCUGCUCGGAAAGUGUUCGUGAAUGCUGGCGUUCCUCAUUAUUGGGACCAUGCUGUCAACUAUGAAGAUGACGGCGCUGCUUGAAUUGUCGUGUAGUGUUUUUGGUCAAUAUUAUUAGCAUAGUUAGCCAGGCUUUUUAAGAGUGAUCAGUUAUACAAUUUGUGUUAAGCAGAGAUAUUUGAACACAAUAAGAAAUAAAAUAGCUGUUGGUGCUCCUUGUUUCAUGUGGUCAAUGAUGUGAUGUCUACAACUAUUGUAUAGGUUUGCUAACAUCAUUUAGUAAUUAGUGGUGUAAACUUUUUUCCACUCAGAAAGUGUCCCUUUGAUA